AUGGUAUCUCGGAGUGUGGCUAGAGUUGUGAACAGCAUAGUUGCACAGUCGAACGAAUCGAUCAAGUUUCCAACUACCAACCAUGAACUGAUGGAGGCCAAGCGGAUGUGGCAAAUCAUGUAUACAUUUCCGACAGCAAUUGGUGUAAUUGAUUAUACACAUAUAGGUAUCCUGAAACCAAAUCGUCAUGGAGAUGAGUAUGUCAACCGAGAAGGGAAACAUACUUUAAAUGUGCAAGCCACUUGUGAUGGCAGAUAG